AUGCCUCUCCCCCUGCCGGCAGCCGCAGGUGUCUUCCUCGGGGUCGGCGCUGGGCUGGCCGCGUUCUUGAACUUGCUCGCCGCCUUGGAGCUCGGAGGGUUAUCGACAAAGGACGUAUCGGUCGUGAGGAACGUAGCAUCCACGUCUUCGACGCCUGACGCGCGACGAUUGGUUAGCGGACGACUUACCCCUUUCGCCCUGCGAAACUUCACUGCCUCGGCCCCCCGCGCUCGGAGACACGCUUUUCGCGAACAAAAACCCCCUCCGGCUUACUCCAAGCAAAGCGGUUCAGGGCUUUGGACUGCUUCUAUAGUAGUUGGUCUUGCAAUUGGCGGCGCAUUACUGGUUCCAAUCUUCAGAUCUGCUCCAGUCCACAACACCGAAGAACGCACUACUUCGAGCUGCGACCGCACAGAUAUCACAGACUCGUUCCUCGUCAUGGCCACCAACACUCCCGCUGGUCGCCCCGGCACGCUUACGCCGCAGGAAGAGGAGAAGCUGCGCGAACUAUGGGCGCUCACAAUGAAGGUCUUUGGCGUACACGGAUCGCUAGUGGAGGGAAGCAACGGCGUUGAGACGCCGGCAGCUGCACCUGCAGUCACACCCGCCGCGGCAGCACCGGCCGCAGAAAAAGAAAAGAAGAAAAGCAAAUUGCACGUUUUCUCGAGGCACAAGAAGGACAAGGCCGACAAGACCGCUGAGUUUGAGUCGACUACAACGUCAGGAACAUCGACGCCUGAUAUUGGACGAUUGUCACUCUCAACUGAAGACGACAAGUUUGGUCAGACAGCAGAAUUCAAAGCUGCAAUCGCAAACAUACCGCCAGAGAAUCUGCGCACCGCUUUCUGGAGCAUGGUCAAGCACGAUCAUCCUGACGCCCUCCUCCUCCGCUUCUUGCGCGCACGUAAAUGGGACAUCGAAAAGGCACUGGUCAUGAUGAUCUCGACAAUGCAAUGGAGACUCGGCGAGAUGCAUGUAGACGACAAGAUCGUCAAGCACGGCGAGCUGGGCGCGUUGACAGAGGCUGCCAAUACCACUGAUGCUAAGGCAAAGAAGAACGAUGAGGACUUCUUGGUACAGCUGCGCAUGGGCAAGAGUUAUCUACACGGCUUGGAUAACGCAGGGCGACCGAUGUGCAUUGUCCGCGCGCGCCUACACAAGGCCGGCGAGCAGACAGAAGCAAGUCUGGAGAAGUUCACUGUCUACACCAUCGAGACAGCGCGCUUGCUCCUCAGGCCGCCGAUCGACACUGCUACCAUCGUCUUCGACAUGACCGACUUCUCCAUGGCCAACAUGGACUACACCCCUGUCAAAUUUAUGAUCAAGUGUUUCGAAGCGAAUUACCCCGAAUCCCUCGGCACCGUGCUCGUCUACAAAGCGCCCUGGGUCUUCAACGCCGUCUGGUCCAUUGUUCGCGGUUGGCUGGACCCUGUUGUUGCAGGCAAGGUCAGCUUCGUCAAGAACGUCGAUGAGCUCGAGAAAUUUGUGCCGAGAAGCCAGAUCCCCAAGGAACUCGGAGGCGAUGAGGACUGGGUAUACAAGUACCCCGAGCCGGUGCCGGGCGAGAACGACGCGAUGAACGAUGAGGCGACUAGGCAGUCGAUCGAGGCCGACCGCACACAGAUCGUAAGCCGUUACGAGUCGACAAUACUCGAGUGGAUCAAAGCUGGUGCACAGGCAGGUAGCAUCGAAGCGAGGAGGAGCGAGCGCGAUACCAUCGCCGAGGAUCUGAGGCAGAAUUACUGGAAACUCGAUCCCUACGUUCGCGCGAGAACGCUGUACGAUCGUAUGGGCGUUAUCAACCAGGGCGGUCAGCUUGCUUUCUACCCGAAGGCUGCGGCUGCUGCGGCACCAGCAGUGACAGCGACAACGGCGCCAGGAGGCGUGUCCACAAGCGUCGAUGACUUGGACUAG